ACUAAUUUAUAUUUUUAUCAUAUUUUUUAAAUAUUGAUUUAUAAAUGGAUAUUAGGCCUAUUUUGUAUUAUGCUGCAGAGGGUUCAGUGACUGAACUCGAGAAAGAAGCCAGAAAGCUUGAAAAACAAGCAAUUAAAAAUGGUAGCACUGAUGUUGACCAUUUUUGGGAAAUUCUAGAUGACAAGGGAAGAAACGUUCUUUUUCACGCGGCGAUCACAGAUAACUUGAAGAAUUUCCAAUUUAUUAUGAAAACCCGACGUGUAAAAAAAGAAGCCCUCCUCCGACUUACCGAUUAUAAUAAAGCUACCGUACUCCACUGGGCUACCCAGUACAACUGCAAGCAGGUCGUGAAGGAAAUCGUGCAGACAUUUGACAAACUCAACCCUGAAGACCUAAAAAUUCUUCAUGGGCUCAUUCUUGCAAAGGAUUCGGAGUCGGUUACCCCAUUGCACAUUGCAGCUACUAAACAAGACACCAAAAUUCUUAAGAUUUUCGUUGAAAUUCUGAAAACUCCAAAAGUCAUGGAGCUUUUUUCCAUUGUGAAAGACAAACGGGAUCGGUCUCCAUUGCACUAUGCAGCUUGCAAAGUUAAUCUGGAAGCGUUAAGAAUACUUUUAUUUGUUGAUCCAAAUGGUGGUCCGGAUUUCGGAUUCACAGUAGAUCAACGUGACAAAUUCGGAAUAAUUCCGUUAAUGUGCGCAGUAGGUGUAAAUCUACCCCAGGCGAUUCCAGUCAUCCGAUUUCUCGAAAAAAAGAAGCCAGUCUCAAAAACUCGGCAGAAUCGAGAUGGAAUGACGGCUCUGCAUAUUGCAGUUGCUGCUCGAAACCUUGAAGCCGUCCAAUUAUUGAUUGAAUUAGGAAGUUCUGUUGAUUUAGUGGAUAAUGAGCAAAGGACUCCGUUGCACUAUGCCGCCGAGCAAGGCUACCCGGAAAUUGUGAAAUUUCUCUUGUGCAAUGGAGCCCGUAACUCUACCCGAGACCACAUCGGAGCCACUCCAGCUCACUACGCCGCGCAGUUCUCCGUGGAAUGUCUGAAAAUCCUAUUCGCAGAGUCAAAAAUCACUGAAGUCAAUGAUAAUGAGGGCAGAAGCUGUCUGAUGUGGGCAGUCUGUGCUGGAAAUAUUGAGGUCAUCAACUACCUAAUUCAACGGGAAGAUGCUCCAAAACGGGCGGCCUGUGACAAAAAUGGGUACACUGCUCUGCAUUUGGCGGCUAUGGUGGGCCAUGAGAAGGUUUGCAAGAUUUUGACUAAUCAGGGUUGGUCCUUAUCGGAACGUGACAAUCACAGUAACACAGCUCUCCACCUAGCCAGUGGUCGUGGCCACACAGAUGUGCUCCGCUGCCUGGUGGCCUCCGGAGCCAACAUGAAUGACGUAGACGAGGUGGGACGUACGGCGGUCUUCUGGGCCUGUAUGGGUGGACAGGCACAUACAUUGCAUUGUAUGAUUAAGGAAUUAGGAUUUGAAUGGAGAACAUCGGGAUCUGUCAAUACCCGUCCAAAAUGUGACAAAAACGGGAGGACUGCUCUUCAUGCGGCCGCCGUCGAGAGCUCCGCGUGUAUUAAUGUUUUGUUAAGUAUAGAAAAAGAAGACAAUUUCCUAUCCUCACCGCUAGUUGGCUGGCUGGACAAAAACGGCGAGACAGCACUGCACGAAGCUUGCCUUGCGAGCAGAAUUGAUUGUAUUUUGUCACUUUUAAAUGGUGGAAGUGCUGUGAAUGCAUUUGGCCGUCCCCAAAGGACCCCGCUAGAUUGUGCCAUGCAACCAACCGUCGGAGCACCGAAUUUGAGUGUUAUAGAGUACUUACGGUCUAAAAGUGCACUUACAUUUGCUGAAUUGAGGAACACGGCUACUUCAGUUCUUCAGAGACAUUUCAAAUUGUGCAAACGUUAUAAGGAAUUUAUUUUAAGAAAGAAAUAAAAACAGGAACUAUUAAAAAAAUUUUAAUUUUUUUUUUCUGAAAUAUUUUUUUGUAAUUUUUUCCCUAAUAAAAUUUUUUAUCGUCAGUU